AUGCAAGCUUAUAUCAAGUUCUUCAAGGAGCUUAACUCCAAUAAAAGGAGAUAUGGAAAUAAUGAGAAAGCUAUGGUCUUUGAAACAGAAAGUGCUAUUCUCCAACAACAAUUACCCUCUAAGAUAAAAGACCUUAGGAGCUUUACCGUUGAUAUUACAAUAGGGGAUAAGAAAGUUGCAAAAGCCAUGUUGAAUUUAGGAGCAAGCAUCAACUUGAUGCCAUAUUUAAUAUAUGCACAACUUGGCUUGGGAGAAUUGGAACCAAUUACUAUGUCUCUACAACUAGCUGAUAGGUCAAUUAAGUAUCCAAGAGGCAUAAUGAAGGAUUUAUUGAUUCAAGUAAGAAAACUUAUAAUUCCUGCUGACUUUGUGAUUCUUGACAUGAAAAAUAUACCAACAAGAGAUAAAGAGCAAGCAAUACUCCUUGGUAGACCUUUCAAGGUAACUAUUAAAAUAGUUAUUGAUGUGCAUAAUGGGAAGCUGAAUAUGACAGUCUUGGGAGAGAUCGUAGAAUUUAAAGUGUUUGAUCCUCUAAGUCUAUCUCCUAGCACUUAA